AUGUCAACAACACCACCACCAUCAUCAACAACAAUGACGAGCACAAACCGCAAACUCACCUUCGGCCAAAUAAGAAGCGAUGCCCUCGCCCUUGCCGGCGGUCUUUUGAGCUUGGGUCUCAACCCCAACGACAUCACCAAACUCCCACCCACGCCGACCUGUCCACAAGGUCCCGAAAUCGCCCCCGUCAUCCUUAUCCAACUCCCCAACUCCCUCGCCUUUGCUCCCGUACUGCUGGGCACCCUCGCCGCCGGACUAACCGCGACCCUCGUCUCACCGGCUCUCACAAGCGAUGAAGUCGCCUGGAUCAUCCAGAACUCGCGGCCGCGGGCCAUCAUCACGGCUAAAGCCUGUCUCUCUGCCAUGCGCGAGGCGCUGAAGAAGCAAGAGCCGCAAGACCGGGCCUUUUUCGACUCUGUGCCCAUCUACACCUUUGACGCAGCCAAGGACCACUACCCCUCUGUCUCGGGUUCGUCAUCUUCUUCACCACCAUCUACCACCUCGAGCAACAAGACGAAGACGAAGCAGCAAACCCAAGACUGGAAAGUCCUCCUCCGCUCCUCUUCCGCAUCCCGAACAACCGUCGUCCCCUCCUCCCUAACCCCCUCCUCCGCCUCCCCCGCCCGCACAGCCGUCAUCCUCUGGUCCUCCGGCACCUCGGGCCGCUCCAAGGGUGUUUUGCUGUCGCAUCACACGCUCAACUACUCCGGCGCGCACCUCUGGCACGACGCAUCCGAUUACCACUCCUCCGCUCAAGUCCGCCAGCAGCGGUGGCUGGGGUACGUGCCCUUCUACCACGUUUUCGGCCUCUGCAACAUCGUUUUGCUCGCAAUCAUGACUGGCGCGACUGUGUUCGUCAUGCCGGCAUUUAGUCUGGAUGGGAUGCUAGCCGCCAUUCCCAAGCGGAAGAUUACCUAUUUGCACAUGGCGCCGCCUAUCGCCGUCAUGCUAGCCAAGGCUCCCGCUGUCGAGAGGUACGCGAAGCGGAACCCCAAGACGGGCAAGAACGGGUUCAGCUCCGUCGUCGCCGCCGUGACGGGCGGUGCGCCCUUGGGGCAUGAGGUGGUCGUGGAGGUGUACAAGCGGUGCGGGUUCCGAGUCAGACUGGGCUACGGGCUGAGCGAGACGUGCAGCACCAGCUUGCAGCGCGGGACGGGCGAGAAGGAGAUGCUGGAGCAGGCGGGCGAGACGGGCGUGCCGCAUUGGGGCGUCGAGGUCAUGGUUGCUGAUAUGGUUGUGCCCGCGCCCGGUCUUGUGAACGGGAAGACCAAGGCCGCGAGGAUAGAUCAGGAAGGAGAGAUUCUGAUUCGUGCGCCGACGCUGUUGAGCGCUUAUCUACCUGUCGGCGUGUUUACGGCUGCCAAGGAUGGCAAGGAGCUGGAUAUGUCAGUUACACGCGAGGCGUUGACGGCCGAUGGAUGGUUCCGCACCGGCGAUGUAGGCGCAAUCAAUGCGCAUGGAAGACUGCGGAUCACGGAUCGGUUGAAGGAGCUGAUCAAGGUGCGCGCGUACCAGGUUGCGCCGGCGGAGCUGGAGGCAGUGUUGUGCAGCAGCCCGUCGGUGGCGGACGCGGGUGUGGUGGGUGUGUAUGAUGAGUCCGAAGCGACGGAGUGGCCGCGGGCGUAUGUGGUUCCGCGCAAGCCGGAGACGCUGGAGAAUAAGAAGGAGCUGGAGAAGCUGGCGCAUGAGCUCAGGGUGCUGGUGGAGAAGAGGACGGCCAAGUAUAAGUGGCUUAUGGGCGGCGUCGUGUUUGUGAAGCAGAUCCCCAAGAGCCCGAGUGGAAAGAUCCUGAGGAGGGUAUUGAAGAGUGGCGGAGAGGGAACGCAGGGCGUGGAGAUUCAGGUUUACCAGAAGAAGAGGAAAGGAGCGGUAGCUACUUCGAAGCUGUAA